AUGACGUAUUGGAUAUUACCAAAGAGUGGCCGCCCAAUCUCGACUGACACUGUCCAGAACAUCACAGAAACCGAGAAACAGACCGACGUGGUCAAAGAACAAAUAGCGCAAUGGACAACUGAUGUAUCCAAAAUCCUUGAUGCAAGGACAGGAGACAUCAGUUGGGGGAAAGAUGAGAUACCGCCACAAUUGAUGUUUGACCUCAAAUUGGAAGACGAAGAAUUCAAAUGCAACUUCAACAAGUUGAUCAAGGCCAAAGAUGUUGACGAUGGCACGCUCCAGGGGACCACAGAGACUGACGACAUCGACGCACAGAACUACGUCAACAUGGAGAUUGGUCUAAGACGGGGGCAAGAAGGGGAGUUUCAACGUGCAGUUGUACACAGGAGACUCGUUGAUGCAGAAGGAAAUCCAACGGGUGUAGCAAACAACAACCAGUUGCUUGACACAAGACAAUACGAAGUCGAAUACGAAGAUGGAAGCACCAAAGUGCUCGCUGCGAACUUGCUAGCAGAGAACUUAUUAGCACAAGUGGACAAACAUGGACACAGACACUUGCCAAUGGAGGAGAUCACGGAACAUUGUUCUGAUGAGAAGGCAGUAAAGAUGAAAGAUGGUUUCUAUCCCCUCCCAAGUGGAACGCAACGAAUACGACACACAACAGCAGGAUGGGACUUCUAUGUUACUUGGAAAGAUGGUUCCUCAAAUUGGAUACCUUUAAAAGAUAUGAAGGAGUCUUUCCCAAUUGAAGUGGCCGAUUACGCAAUAAGCAAGGGCAUCCAAGACAAACCCGCUUUUGCAUGGUGGAUCCCACACGUUGUUCGAAAGCAAAAGCGAUUCCUUGGCAAAGUAAAAUUGAAGUACUGGGAACGUACGCACAAGUACGGAAUACGUAUCCCAAAAUUGAUCAAAGAAGCCAUCAAUGUUAGAAUAAAGCAAAAUGUGCUCUAUCGUGAGUGCCUUUAG